UAUCGUGAAAUAACAAUGUUCAAUAAGUUUUUAUCCAGCUCGAGAUCAAUUCAUUUCACUUUCCUACUAAAUAUCUUUGAUUAUUUUAUAUCAUCAAUAACUAAAGGGUGAAGAUGUUAAACAGUUUACAAACGGAACGACAAAAAAAUGCAACUAAACAAACUUUAUUUCUUUGAUAAGGAUACCAAACCUCGAAUAAAGCGUUCUCGUAAGCCAGUCGAUCAACUGCCAUUUAAUAUCGCUUGUACAGCAGUCAGUGGAUCACUAAAAGUUGAGGAUUAUUUGCGACAACAAAACAAAGAUGAAGAACCUUUACCCGUUGAGAUAUCGGAACAAGCAGAUGGAAAUCAAAUGGAUUUUGACCCAACUAAAGUUUUACAAAAUGGAGUCGGAGAGCAAUUACCAAUAUUUCGUAACGAAAAACUAUUUCCGACAUCGUCGGGUGAUAUUGAAGUAGAAGAAGACACACAGAGAUUUCUGUUUGAAGAAAAUAAGUUUGCUGCACCUAACUUACUUGCUCAUUUAGGAAGAAUUUUAGAAAUACUACAUGAAAAACAUCUCGAAUGCUCCUCUUCAUCAUCUUCCUCAUCUCCGAGGUUUCGAGAACGCGCUCAAACUAAUGAUAAUUGGGCCAAUCUUACGACGUCAUACAACUGUUACCAUGACAUUUCAUCAAGUAACUUUAAUUUGCGAUCUCUUGGUAUUUUCAUUCCCUUUCAUUUAGCUGAAAAACUGAGGUGGAAUUUCGAGCAACUGAUUGUAAAUACUGUAUACACUAAACGUCAAUGGCAAACAAAUAGUUAUAAACAACAGGAAGCUGUUACAAAACAAGAAUAUUCAGUGCAGCAAGUCAUGAAGAAGGUACAAGAUGGUAAAGAGGCCAAAGCUACAGGAGACGUUAAUGAACAGGAUGAGAAAGUGGAGAGUAGUUCUUUUAAAAAGUCAUUAAAAAAUGUUCAACAGCGAACUUCAAGAGAAGUUAAUGAACAGAAUUUAAAUCCUGACACCUUAGCUAGCUCGUCAAUGUCCAAUAAAUACAAUCGCAAGCUUUUGAAGCAACAAAAACCAAAACCGUCAAUAGAUGUUGUUUUUGUAUCUGAAGAUACGUACAAAAUGGAAGAAAAUGAUGACAAUAAUGAAACAAUUGAACGUAGAGUAAUUGACUCACUUAUGCCGGUAAAUAAUGAACAAAUACCGAACAGUCCUCCCAAGAGUAUUUUAGGUUUCAGGCGAGAAUCAUUAAAAGACAUUACUAUUGAAAAGUUACCAAGAACUCGACUAGAAAAAUACAAAUACAUCCCUGACAAGUCAAACUUGGCUCAACAUUGGAAGAGGAAAGCUAAUAUUGAAGAUAACUCUGAUGAGUCUGAAAGAGAUCUGGAAGGGCAUCAAUCAGAAAGUGUCACAAAAGUUGCAGAUAAAAUAAAAAUAGGUUUUGAACGAGAACUUACUUCAUCGCAUAAGAUUUCCACCAAAGAGUACGAAGUACCCAAUGCCACCAAACACAUGGAAAUUUGAUAGCAUUCUCUCUUAUGUCAAAGUACUGCGAAGAUAAAGGCUGGGUGCAUCAUGUAAAUCCCGACGAAGACUUAGAAAGAUUAACUGUCAUUGAAUGGGCUCGCUCUCGACUUCGACAGGCUAUUAACGAAAUUAAUUCUGAAUACAGUCUCACCAAAAACGGUUCGAAACUCUUAAUAAAGCAAUAUGGCGGAAUGAACAAUGUUGAAACUGAUAAAGUGGCAAAAUUGUGGAUGGCAGAAGGCGAGAACAGUUUAGUAAGCAUAACAAAAUUCAUCAAGUAUUUACCAAAGGAAAAUGAUACAGUUUUACACGAGCCAAAGACGAACAAAUCACCCUCAGUUGUUUGGAAAGAAUACAACGAAAGCCUUUUACAGAAAAUAAAAAAAAAGAAUCGCUUUCAAAGGACAUGUUCAGAAACUGCAAAAAUUGAUCUUUUCCUCAUUUCUUUACCUGACGACACCGUCAAUGUAUACUAUCCAAAUGGUAAAAUCGCUAUUUGUACAGCUGGGAAUGUUAAUGGCGAAGGAAAAUAUACUUAUGUAUAUGGUACAGAUAACGAGAGUCUUCUGGCUUAUUUUACACCAUCUCAUGGUUUCUGUCGUGAGCAAAACUAUAAAUUAUUCCUGUGCUCAUCAAAAGAAGCAACAACUUACAGCAAGGAGUAUGAUAUUAUGGAACAUUGGAAGUGGAAGGAAAUGAAGAAAAAAUCGAUUAUUACAUAUGAGUUAAACGAAUUCAUAACGUUAAGAAUCGGAGGAAGAAAUCAAAUGUACUUACACUUUUCAGCAAGAAGUGAGAUGUUCAAAAUUAAUGUUAGCAUUUUGCAAGAUGCAAAAAGCUUUCCUGUGAAUUCUACCGAUGAAAUGAUGACAACAGGCGACUAUACUUCUGAUAUUGCUCAAAAGCUGACAGUUGUUAAAACAAACAAAAGUCCACGAACAAAACGAGAGGAGAAAAGGGCAAAAACGCAAAUGAAGAAAACAAGUCAACAUAUUAUUGGUGAAGAAUCACAAGAACAGAGACGAGAACAUUUGGAAAAAAUGUUUCCUGAAAGAAAAAAGCUUGCACUUCAUCUAACUUCUGACGUAGAUCUAUAUAAGAUGAAACGUCGAAUCAAAUCUCUUGUUUAUGACUGGAUGCAAAGCUAUCGCCUAAUGGCUGGAAUGGCUUCUCCUCUCAAAAUACCGGAUAAAAGGCCCAAUCGUCUACUGAGCAUGUCAGCUAAGUCUUGCCCUGGAAAAAUGCCUUCUACUCAAGUUUCUAUGAAAGCUACCCGAAAAUUCAAAAUGUCUAUUUCUCAUCGUGUGCCUUCCGCACCACCCAUAGAACGUGACACGAAAGUAACACUUCUACCACUGGAUAAAUUGGUGAAUUCUGUAGAAGAAUAUUUGGGAAAUGGGAAGAGUACUUGUCACGAAAGCUCAAUCCGUCAUGUUUAUCUUACCGAAAUGGACAGAAAGAGAAUUCUUGCAAAUCAGUCAGGUCAAAAGCUACCUUUUCGUUGUGGUAUGACGUCUUACGAUAAUCGCAAUUCAUCUUUGAAAGAAGGAUGUCCUGUAGCAUUGCGCUCAAUGAUGUUGGGCGAUAAAUAUCCUUGUUGUAGAUGUCGAAAACGAGAAAUACCUUUUGUGUCUGACAUUGCUUAUGACAAGUUUAUAAAAGAAGGUGUUCCAAAUACGCAAUUGUUGGUCAUUAGUAUAGUGUCCUCCAGAAAUCCAAGUAUUUCUCAAUGUACCAUUAUGUUGGAACAACUAUAUUAUGAGAAAAAUAGAAACAGAUCUUUUCCUUGUGCUCAGUCCCUUAAUGAUCCAUUUCGUAUUGUGCUGUACAAUGUAGACACUUUAAUAGAACAAAGUCUACUCGUACGAAGACACAAUGUUGUACCAGGAAUGUUUUUGAUGUACAUUGGGGGGAAAUUACUGUUUGCUGAUCAUAUUUUCAAUGGAUAUGGAAACGCUCGCAAAGAUUUUUUAAAACAGAUAUCUAAAAGCAGACGAGAUUAUUUGCAAGGUUUAGUUCUGCCUUCAGAUUUUCAAUUUAAUCCUACACCUUGUCGUUCCGGUCCAAGAUCGGCGUGGGGAGGUGAAAUUGGAGGGCUGUCGAUGAGUUCGUGUAGUGCGUCACAUUUAGAUAUUACGUCAUCUAUCAGGCUUCAUUCACCAGCUACAACUUACUCGUCCUCAGGCUCCCCAGUUUUAAGAGCAAGUGGAGCGAAGUCUGUUGCGAGUUUUGUAAAUCUUGGUUUAUCGUUGCACACUCCUGGACAGUUCAAGCCGAUUAAAAAGCAGUCUUCAUCGUCAUUGCUUCCUAGAACAGCGCCGGCGAAGUCUAGAGCUUAAAGUUAGUGAAAAGAUAAAUAGAAACUUUUCCUGUUAAUAAUAAUGACUAACUAGGAAAUGAUCAUAUCUGGAUGUAUAGAUACGUGAGCUGGUGUUUUAUUAAAAUAAAACAUCUCAGGUGAAAUUUACACCAUUAAAUAAUUUACACAAUCGUGUUAAGUAUUAUGGACGUGUUAAUUUUGUUUAGCAAGAACACUGUCGAUUUGAUUGUUAUUUAGGGAGCAGACAUUCACACUACAUGACAAAUAAAAACUUGGAAACUUGUA